UGUGGACUGAAGUUAUUGGUGAUUGAAGAUGGGGUCUUCCAUGGCUGCUGCUGGUAAAAACCACGACCGCAGUUCAAUCGAGGUUUUUCAACGAGAUAAAUCAGUAGUAGUUGAAGAAGAAGAAGAAGCUUCUAUUGGCGGAAAUGGAGAUUUGCGGAGCAAGGAGGGGAUGUUCAGUAAACGGAAGGUAGAUUUUGGUGAAUCCGCCGGCACUAGCAAAUGUCAGACUCGUCUAGGAUCUUCUAGAUUUGCACAAAGGAACGCGGAAUUGGGAGUAUUGUCAACUGAUGAUGAGUUUCGGAUGAGUGAUGCGGGAGAAGGCAGCUGGUUCAAGCCUAUCACCCAUUGGAGAGGUUCAUUUCGCGGAAGGAGAAGUAGCCGCAACUCGCGUGAGAGGAAAUCUUCAGUAGCUUACUCGGAGUCAUCUGUACGGACAUCAGAGUCGUCGAAAUACGGAAGUAUGCCUCAAUCGCCUUCUUACUUGCCGUAUAAUGAGGAAGUGAAGGAUGUUCUGGCGACGCUUAAACAGACAUUUGUGGUGUCUGAUGCAACUAAGCCCGAUUGUCCCAUUGUCUAUUCUAGCGAUGGCUUCUUUACCAUGACCGGUUAUUCUUCAAAUGAGGUUAUUGGAAAUAAUUGUCGCUUUCUACAAGGCGCUGAUACCGACCAGAAGGAAGUUGAUAAAAUACGGGUGGCAGUAAAAACAGGGAAGAGCUACUGCGGGAGGCUGUUGAACUACAAGAAGGACGGGACUCCUUUUUGGAAUUUGCUAACAAUCACUCCCAUUAAAGACGACAAUGGAAACUUAAUCAAAUUUAUUGGAAUGCAGGUUGAAGUAACCAAAUACACUGAAGGAGUUGUUGACAAGGCAUUGCGACCUAAUGGAUUGCCUCAGUCAUUGAUUCGCUAUGAUGAUCGCCAGAAGAUAAAUGCAUUAGGUUCGCUAACAGAAGUCGUACAGACGGUAAAGAAUCGACUACCACAGGCACAACCAAUGAGUAAAGAUUCCAUGAAAAUGGAUUUUAUGGUUCCUACAAUGGCUGAAACUGAACUAAUGAGUAAAUAUAGUUCACUAACCCUUCAGCGGGACCCCAAGGGCAGUUUAUCUCUACAGGACUCUGCAAAAAGAUCUAGAGAAACGAGACACAUCUCUUUAAUGGGGUUAGAAAGAUGGUCUUCCAGCAGUGUAGGACAGAAUGAAAGCAGAAAAUUUGCGGAGCCUGAAAUUUUGAUGGCAGGUGAGACUGAACGAUCUGACAGUUGGGAACAUGCUGAAAGAGAAAGGGAUAUACGCCAAGGAAUUGACCUUGCAACCUCACUGGAGCGUAUUGAAAAGAAUUUCGUGAUUUCAGAUCCUAGGCUUCCUGAUAAUCCAGUUAUAUUUGCUUCGGAUAGUUUUCUUGAACUGACAGAGUAUAGACGUGAAGAAAUCCUGGGAAGAAACUGCCGGUUUCUUCAGGGGCCUGAAACCGAUCAAGCAACUGUUCAGAAAAUAAGAGAUGCCAUCAAAGAAGAAAGAGAAAUCACAGUCCAGUUGAUUAAUUAUACCAAGAGUGGGAAAAGGUUCUGGAAUAUGUUUCACUUGCAACCUAUGCAUGAUCAGAAGGGGAACCUGCAAUACUUCAUCGGUGUUCAGUUAGAUGGAAGUGAUCAUGUAGCACCACUUAGGGAUCGCCUCUCAGAUCAAUCACAACAAAAAAGUGCUAUCUUGGUUAAAGCUACUGCAGAAGAUGUUGAUGAAGCUGUGAGAGAGCUUCCUGAUGCCAACUUGAGACCUGAGGACUUAUGGGCCCUGCACUCUCAACCUGUCUUUCCUAGGCCUCAUAGAAAGAACACUACUUCAUGGACAACGAUGCAAAAGAUCACUGCCAAUGGUCAAACAAUUGGCCUUAAUAAUUUCAAACCUGUGAGGCCAUUGGGAUGUGGAGAUACUGGGAGUGUGUAUUUGGUGGAGCUAAAAGGCACAGGCGAACUCUAUGCUAUGAAGACUAUGGAUAAAUCUGUAAUGCUCAACCGCAACAAGGUUCACCGAGCAUGCAUUGAAAGAGAAAUCAUCUCACUCCUUGACCAUCCUUUCCUUCCAACAUUGUACUGUUCUUUUCAGACAUCUACACAUAUAUGCUUGAUAACUGACUAUUGUCCUGGUGGAGAGCUAUUUGGAUUGCUUGAGAAACAGCCUAUGAAAAUGUUUAAAGAGGAUUCAGCAAGGUUCUAUGCUGCAGAGGUUGUAAUUGGUUUGGAAUACCUUCACUAUUUAGGAAUCGUGUACAGGGAUUUAAAACCAGAAAACAUCCUACUUCAGGCUGAUGGGCAUAUUGUACUAACUGACUUUGAUUUAUCCUUCAAGACCACUUGUAAACCCGAAGUGAUAGAGCGCUCUCAUAGCAGAAUUAGAGGCCCAUUUAGGAGCACUCCCGUACCAACAUUUGUUGCAGAACCAACUUCUCAGUCAAAUUCAUUUGUCGGAACUGAAGAGUACAUUGCUCCCGAAAUUAUAACAGGCGGUGGACACAGCAGUGCUAUUGAUUGGUGGGCUCUUGGUAUUUUGCUCUAUGAAAUGCUUUUUGGACGCACACCAUUCAGAGGAAAGAAUAGACAAAAGACAUUCGCCAACAUCUUAAACAAAGAUCCCACUUUCCCAAGUAGAAUUCAGUUGAGCCUGCCAGCAAGGCAGUUAAUUCAAGCACUGUUAAAUAAAGAUCCUGCCCGCCGCCUGGGAUCAAAUGGCGGUGCAAACGAGAUCAAAGAGCAUCCAUUCUUUAGGGGAAUAAACUGGCCUCUGCUCCGAUGGAUGAGUCCACCUCUACUGGAAUCACCUCUUCAGUUAAUGGGAGAAGAAACAAACUCCAAUGAAGUAGACUGUGAUGAUGAGAGUGCGUUUGUCCAUUCAAUGGACUUCUUCUAGCGAACAGGACUGGAGAUGUAUGGACUCAAUUUCCUGUUAAGUCAUUGGUUCAGGAGGAAGGGCAUGCAGCACAUAAUAUUGCCAUUGUUUGCAUAAACUUAUAGUGUUAAUUAGUUUUAUUAAUUAAUGGGCACUAUACAUUUAAUGCAACUGGUCCCAACUAGUUGGGAUUAGGGUGAUGAUGAUGAUGAUCCAACAAUGCAUUCCAGGAAAGCCAGUCAUAGACUUUGUUGUAUGUAUGAGCUAUGUACGGAACGAAGGGGAAAGUCAUUAGAAGAAGCAGAGCCAUUUACAUUUGUAGAGAACAUCUUGUGGAAAUGGUAAUUUGUACUCCCAUAUCAGUUUGGACUUUGGAGAACUUGAGGGAAAGAUGUAAAUUGUAAAAUAGCCGCUAGCCAGCAAUAGAACAUUAAAACACUAAUAAUUGAUAUGUUUCGGGGAAGAGGCUGAUCACCAAUUCAUCCUCAAGCAAUGCCCUAGUCUUGAUGUUUUUACUUGUUUCAGUUUCAAGCCACACUUAUGUAAUUGAUCGAUUCUGCUUCUCUUAAAAAAACAAAAGUGGAAUCAGAUUCUCAGGAGUGGUCUCCUCCAACUUCGGAAUCACAUAGAAGUAUUUCCAUUCUGACGGACAUAUCUGCUUUUGCUC